AUGUCUGAUCCGUUUGGACACUUGUUGGCAUCUUUGAAAGAAGGGAACGUACCGAGUUCGAAACCGGGUUCGAAGGAGAAUAGUGUUACCCCUGGUGCAUUGACUCCACAGAAGAAGAAAUUGACUCCUUUGCAUACGGAAUCUAUUGUGCAUGGAAAUGGUAAUGUUGUCUCAAACACAAAUAUACAUGAUGAUCUAGACGAUCUAUUUGGAUCCAUACCGAAGAAAGAAGAUGUAGUACAGGACAAUCAUACUUCAAUUGAUGGCCUGGAUUUGUUUCAGAGCUCAUCACACGUUGUAUCUAAGACAGAGCCCGAUAAUCAGGAAAUCAAUCCCUUUGACAAUCCUUUCGAAACUGAACACAAAUCUGAAUCUCCAACUGAGGAAGUUAUAGACGAAGUUAGGGAUAUGGAACUUGCGAAGUUGAUGUCGUUGGGAUUAAAUAUUGAUAAAGCAUCAAGCUACUAUGAAAGGGGUAUAACUUUUGAGGACGUGCUCAGGAAAAGGAAGCAAAAAGCUAGCAAUGGGUAUCAGCAACGUUCUAACAUUGAUAGAAAACAAGGUGGGGGAGAAAUUAGAAACAUAUUUGAUACAAGAGGUUCUGGUUCAGAAUCUUUGUUCUCUGGCAUCCUGAAUAAAGGUAAAGAGCUUGUCAAUCAGUUAAGUACCUAUACAGAAGAAGAAAAUGAAAGAAUGAAUAAGUUUAAAGGUUAUGAAGAAUACUCAAUGAGCGAAACAUAUCUUGAAAAGGAGAACAGCAUGGAUCCAGGUGUAUUCUCGAGAUCUUCUCAAGAAAAAAUACCCCAGAGAGCCGCUAGACCUUCUCAUGAAAAGUCAAAUAGCUCAAGAUCUAAAAUUAACAAAAGAAUGACAACUGAAGCUCCUCAUAAACCUUUCAACGAUGAUGAUCAAUCCUCUUUAAUAGAAUCUAAAGACUCCUCUCGCGAAUCUUCAAUGCCUGGUGAAGGAACGCUGUUGGAUUUCGACAAUGACAAUCAUGCUUCGUCUCCAGUAGUGAACACCUCCAAUCAGAAUACUGUAUCUAUUACCCAAAUUCCUAUCUCUCAUAUUGAGAUUUCCGGUUAUAAUGAGUUCAAGGCUAGAGGUACUGAUUAUUUCAAAAACGGUGAUUAUGCUAGUGCAGUUGAAGAAUAUGAAAAGUCAUUAAAUACACUUCCAAUGAAGCAUCCUUUGCGGAUCAUUGCUUACUCUAACAUAAUAGCCUCUCGAAUAAAAAUUGGACAACAUUCUCAAUCUGUUGUAGAUGCUCAGGAAGCCAUGAAACUUUUACCAGAAGAAAAGUCGCUUUGGACAGCAGCAAUUCAAAACAGUGAUCCUGUAAGAAGUUAUAAUGAUAUAUGGCCCAAGAUUAUAUUGAGGCAAGCCGAAUCCUAUGAAGCAAUCGAAAAGUAUAAACUGGCGUUGGAUGCUUAUCAAACUUUGUUGGAGAAGAAUUUGUUUAGUGAGAAAGUCAUUGCCGGAAAGAGGAGAUGUCAGCAUGCAUUGGGUCUUGAUUCAAAGCCGAAGAGUAAUCCGCCAAGUAAGUCUGCUACACCUGCUCCAGCACCGAGACGUGCACCAACAGUGAAUAGGCAAACGGAAGUUGUUAAUAAGAAAUCGGUAAAUGCUGAGAAAUUAAAGAAGGAGAAUGAAAGAUUAGCCAAACUAGAGGAUCAAAAGGUGGCGCUAUAUGAUAAGGUGGAAGGUAUAAUUAACUCUUGGAAAAAUGGCAAACAAGACGACAUUAGAUAUCUGCUCUCAAAUUUGCAAGCAGUUAUUACAUGGACUCAAUGGAAACCAGUGCAAUCAAGUGAACUUGUCUUGCCAAGAAAGGUCAAGAUUACUUAUAUGAAAGCUGUGGCUAAACUACAUCCUGAUAAAUUGCCUUCAUCGCUUACUUUGGAGCAACAGAUGAUAGCAGAAUCAGUUUUUAGCACCCUUAGUGACUCUUGGGAAAACUUCAAGAAAUCUAACGAUAUCAACUAG